AGCUUCCCCCUUAGCCGGGGGCAGGGACCCGAAGAAGGGACAACCCCCCCGUGGGGGGGGGGGGGUCGGAGAGCGAAGCGGCGGGAUCGCCGGGCUCCGAGGGAGGCCUCGAGGGAGCGUUCGAAGGCCACGCCGAGGAUAUCCUCCCUGGGAUGGAGCAAGGGGCUGAGCCAUGGGACCCAGAUCUUCAAGGCUCAGAGGAGAGGGGACUCCUCAGAAGCACCCACACAGGUGAAGGUAUGGGGAAUGAGAUUGAAGAAGAGCACCCUCAGCAUGGUGGUCUGGAUUUUGAAGAUGACCCUCAACAGGUAUCUGGCCUGGGGUUCAAGGAAACUCGAGAUGUGGCUACAGGACGGGAUGAAGGAGAUAGCACCAUCAAAUUAGAACCAGAUGGGACCUGGGAUGCUUUAUGGGCAAGUGCAGGCCAUGGGAAACCCCGUUCUCGAGUUCCCAGACCUCUCUCAGAAACACGGAGGGUCCAGGUUGGGGAGAGGGCACCUGUGUGUGGUGAAUGUGGGAAAAGUUUCCGGCAAAUGUCAGACCUGGUGAAACACCAGCGCACACACACAGGUGAGAAACCCUACAAGUGUGGGGUAUGUGGUAAGGGUUUUGGGGACAGCUCAGCACGCAUCAAGCACCAGCGAACACACAGUGGUGAGAAGCCAUACCGACCCCGCCCACCAGCACCAGGCCCCCCUCGGACUCCAAGACCUCGAAUUCCUGCUGGGGAGCGCCCCACUAUUUGUGGAGAAUGUGGCAAGAGUUUUCGUCAGAGCUCGGACCUGGUGAAGCAUCAGCGUACACACACAGGUGAGAAGCCAUACAAAUGUGCUGUCUGUGGCAAGGGCUUUGGGGACAGUUCAGCCCGCAUUAAACACCAGCGGACACACAGGGGUGAACGGCCUCCACGCACAGUAGCAUCCCGGCGAGUGGCCCGGGCUACUUCCUCCAUCCCACAGGGUUCAGCAGCUGGACCUAGGGAUAAGCCCCACAUGUGUCCUGAGUGUGGGAAGCGCUUUGUAUUGAGCUGCAGCCUCCUUAGCCAUCAACGCAGCCACUUGGGGCCCAAACCAUUUGGAUGUGACGUGUGUGGAAAGGAGUUUGCCCGUGGAUCAGACCUUGUAAAGCACCUGCGUGUGCACACAGGUGAAAAGCCCUAUCUGUGUCCAGAAUGUGGCAAGGGUUUCGCUGACAGCUCAGCUCGUGUCAAGCACCUUCGCACACAUAGUGGUGAGCGGCCCCAUGGUUGCCCUGAGUGUGGCCGAACCUUUAGCCUUGGCUCUACCCUCUUGAGACAUCGCCUCACCCACCUAGAACCACAGGCCUUUGGGAUUCAUGGGUACCCUUUGGCUCUUCACAGCCCUAGCCCACCCCCUAGCUCAAGUCCUCUGCCUAUUCCCCAUGGCCCUAGUCCCCCACUUGUCCCACGGAGUCCUCCUCAUCCUGGUGAGGGCCCUUUUGGGUUCCCUGGUCUAGAGCCAGAGCCAGAGGGUCCCCAGGUUGGAGAGCCACCCCCUCCAGCAGUAGACAAGCCCCAUAAGUGUCCUGAGUGUGGGAAGGGGUUCCGUCGAGGUUCAGACCUGGUAAAGCACCACCGUGUGCACACAGGAGAAAAGCCCUACCUGUGCCCUGAAUGUGGCAAGGGUUUUGCUGACAGCUCAGCUCGUGUUAAGCAUCUGCGUACCCACCGAGGUGAACGGGCCCGCCCAGCACCAAACCCCCCAGCAGCUCUCCUUCGGCCCCACAACCCUCCUGGCCCAGCAGCCCCUGCUCCUCGGCCUCGGGGCAGGCCCCCUGGCACAAGCCGGACUCAUACCUGUGGGUACUGUGGGAAAGAGUUCCCUCGAAGCUCAGACCUGGUAAAGCAUCGACGUACUCACACAGGCGAGAAACCCUACAAGUGUGCAGAGUGUGGCAAGGGUUUUGGGGAUAGCUCAGCCCGAAUAAAGCACCAACGUGGGCAUCUGGCACUACGACCCUAUGGGGCAGGGGCCAGUAGAGCUCGGCCCCCCAAGGCAGAACUGGGGACUGGACUAGAGUGAUGGUGCUAGAGAAAUGGGUCUGGAAGGGGGAUGGGAGGGAAUCUGCUGCUGUCUGAGUUGAGAGAAAGGGAAGUGAUAACCACAGAGUAGGAACAAGGAGAGUCAGGCAGAGAGCCACGGAGAGGAGGAGAUAGGGAGAGUGUUGGCCCCAGGUGUAGGGGCUUUCUAAUCCCAUGGUUCCCCAGUUCCUUGCUGGUGACAUACACAACCACAGGUGAAGACCAGUGUGGGCAGUGUCUUCUAUGCCAGCUCUUGGUGGGACUUUGACUUAUAUGUCAGAGCUUUACCUCUGAAUAUGUUAGCUGGGGCUGAAUUAGAAUAGUGUUCCAGUGAAGCCAGAUCAGUCCUUGAAUGGACCAGCAUACUUGGUCCACCCACCUCAACCAGCCACCAAGCAACCUCCUGAUUUUACAUGAAAGAGGACCUGAUGAGAUUGGGGAAAUAGCAGUACCAGUCUAGCCCAUGACUGGAGAACCAACACAUCUCUCAUGCCGUGCUGCUGAUGGAUUUGUAGUCAUACAUGAUGAUUAGCAGAAUGCUCAGUUCCCCAGGACAGAAGAGGGCAAGGUGGCAAGAGGUAGAAAAAGUAUACUGGCCCCGGGGGAGAGGCCUAGCAAUGUGAAUGAACCUUAAAAGGAGAACUCUAACCCUCCCCCAUCCCCGCAAAAAGGCUAGUUGGCAAUAAGGGUUUUAUCUCUGGGAUCUCUGUUGGCACUAUCUCAUCUCCAAUAAACUGUCUCUUGUCUUGAAA